CACACCUGGUACCGGGUGGCUCUGUUUCCCUUCACUGCUAGGUGUAUCCCAUGUCUACAGACUUUUUCCGCGGGGAAGAAGGAAAUAAUUUUAAAAAAUUGACCUAAUUAUCAUCUGUAAAUUAUCUUAGACACUUUUCGAGAUAUUUGGAAAAUAUUUGCUUUUGGAUAGUUUAAACAAUUUGUCAGCGUGAUGAAGUGUACCUAUUUACUUGUGCAGUUAUUUGGAGUGUUUCAUGUCAUUAGCGAGGCGGCGGAUUGGUCUUACACAGGCACUCAUGGACCUGGCCAUUGGGAUGAUACAUACCCUAUCUGUGGCCAGAGUUCCCAGAGUCCCAUCGAUUUACCUUCCACGGUGUAUUAUAACCCUGACCUGAAGCCAUUCAGCUUCAAUAACUACAACGACCUCUCCGAUUUUACUCUUAGGCUCCACAACAACGGUCAUGGAGCGCAAGUCGACAUUACUUCCGGUAAUAUUGAAGACGUGACAAUAACCGAGGGAGGGUUGCCAGGAACCUUCAAGGCUGCGCAGUUACAUUUCCAUUGGGGUUCAGUAGACACGAAGGGUUCAGAGCACACCAUGAAUGGUAUAGCGUAUCCUAUGGAGGUGCAUAUCGUCCACUACAACACAAAAUACGCUGACAUCGGCACAGCUAUAGACAAACCCGAUGGAUUAGCUGUCCUUGGCGCUUUCUUCACUAUCUCCACAAAUGAUAAUCCAUCAUACGCACCGAUCGUAGACAGCCUAAGUGACAUUACAUAUUAUAAGGACGACAAAGCGCUCAGCUCCUUCAAUUUGAUGACUCUGUUGCCAAGCAAUAACCUUGAUAAGUUUUACCGUUACCAAGGUAGUCUUACCACUCCUGGUUGUUUCCAAAGUGUGACAUGGACAGUUUUUGAGGAAGCCAUUCCUAUAUCAAGUUUCCAGAUGAGUAAAUUCCGUACAAUAAUGGACAACGCCAACCAGUCAACCGUAGAUAACUUCCGACCUGUGCAGCCAUUGAAUGGGAGGAACGUGUACAUCAGUUACCAGGCCACACCCUCGUCAUGGACUUAUCACGGUGCUAAAGGUCCUGAUAACUGGUCUAACAGCUACUCUCUGUGUAGCGGUACCAGCCAGAGUCCAAUCGACCUGCCGGAAAAGUCUUUGAUGACAUAUCGAACAAGUCUUGGAAUGUUUGAAAUGACCAACUACGAUAACAGCACCAUACACGGGCCACUACUGUACAACAACGGACACGGGGUACAAGUUAAUCUUGAGGGGAACGUAGCUGUGACGGCUAGGAAUGGUGGACUUCCCGGGACGUUCAAGCUGGCACAAUUCCACUUCCACUGGGGGUCAAACAAUGCUAUGGGAUCCGAACACACUUACAGGGGCCGGUCCUAUCCAAUGGAGGUGCACUUCGUCCAUUACAACACAAAGUACGGUGACAUAGGAACCGCUGCUGACAAGUCCGACGGUCUCGCUGUAUUCGGUUUCUUCUUUGAGGUGGGAAACACCAACAACUGCAAUUACAAUCCUGUGAUUGAUCAUCUAGACAAAAUCAAAUAUCCUAAGACUACAGCGACGAUCCCCUCAUUUAACAUUCGUCACCUGAUGAAUGAGGACAUGUCGCGUUACUAUCGCUACAAGGGAAGUCUCACCACUCCAGCUUGUUACGAGAGCGUCACGUGGACAGUCUUCGAACAGACAAUCAAACUCUCAUCGGAACAGCUCGCCAAGUUCCGGGAAGUACUUGACACCAGUGGUCACAGGACUGUGGAUAACUUUAGACCGACACUUUCGCUUGGCACACGGGUUGUCUACGCUAGUUUCGACACCUAUGUCGGCGCAGCACCAUCUGUAUCCGCAAAGCACGUCUUAGUUACAUUACUGGCUGUCGUUGCGUUUCUAUUGUAAUUCGCUAUUCGAUAAAACGAUAAAGGAACUUGUCGGUACUAAACCACCAGCAUUACAUCACACCAUAGGCUAUCCAGAAGUUCCCCAACGAGGGGCGGUCAUUAUAAUUUUCUAAAUCGGAUUUCUUUUUUAAAUGAUGUAGAUUUUAAUAUUUGAAAACCUACUUUGAAAUCAUGUCUGGAAAUCAUAUUUGUCUUUGAAAUUUAUGAUUCCGGUUAUUUCUAUCGUGGAUAUGCACAUGUGUUAUCAAAAUGUCCUCUUACUCCUCGCGUGUUUGGCCUAAAGUUGAGGAAUGGGGAAACAAAUAGUGAUUAUGGGAGAAAACGAUACUGUAUAUCGUGAAACUUUUCGCCCAGUGAGGUAUUCGCCCUUUAGCCAUUGCAGAGGGCGAAAAAAAUGAAGAUUAACUCUUUCACCCCUAUGUAACUUUAGUAAACUCAACCAUGCAUUGAUCUGGAUGAGUCCAUUAUGGUCCACAGUGGUGAAAGAGUUAAAAUGCGCGAAAAGGUCAAGGUAUACAGUAAUAGAAAAAUUGUAUUAUUGCUCAAGGUGCCAUGUUCACGUCGCGAUCAGAACAUUAUCAUUAAAGAAAGCCAUUACAUAUUUCAAAAGUUUACGUUUUUACAUGCACGUAUGUUAAGAAUACCCUCCUACCGAUUAAGAACGAUGUCAGAAAAUUAAAAGCAAAUUACGACAGCUGAAUAUAAGAUAACCUUACAAACGUGUAUGCAUACUCUUUACUUACUUUACAUCAUAAGAGGCGUCCUGGUUUUAUUUAAAGUAUGUGUCACUUUUGACGACAUUAACAAACGAUGUUUAUGACACACGGGUAUUUUUGAUUGCCUUCGCAUAAAUGCUUCCCUGCUAAAAAUAGGCAUUUUAGUGCGUAUUCAUCAUAUCUGCAAAAGUUUUGUUUGUUUUGUAAGAUUUGUUUUCGAACGCGAAUAGGACAUGUGACUGUGGACAUGUGACUGUGAACAUGUAUGCUUUUACUACAUUGGAAUUGAUUCAUCAUGAAUAUAAAGUAUGUACAGUGUACUAACUAAUGCCAGACACAGUGAUAUAUAUGUGACACAUACACACUUUUAAACAAAACGAAUUCUCGCAUUUCAAUCAAUGUGCGGUCGAGUUAUUCAGGUUAGGUACGUUUUCCCGGUAUGUUUAUUUUUACUAACAACUUUUCUAUUCUUGUGCUCAAGUGUACUCUUCACUUUCAUAAAAGUAUGACCUUAUGACCUUAAUAUAUCCUUGCUCAUUUCCCAUAUGCGGCCUAAUUAGACUUCGUUAUAAAUAUAACGUGACGUGGAGCGUGCUAUUCGAAACUAUCAAACGAGGUGAUGGCAUGUCACACACCAAGACAUGUAUUGGUAGAUCGUGUGUGGCAAAGCGGUGUUUCAACAAAAUGUAAAGAUCCAAACGGUGAAAACAUUUCAGAUAUCCGAAAACAAAAUUAUUUUUAAAAAUUACGAAAGUCGAUUUUAUUACAAUACCUAUAGAUUUAAUACACAUUUGCUUGGGGUAUCUAAAUAAUUACAAAGCAUUAAAAAAGUAUAUUUAAUACGUAUAUAUUUACAUGUAAUAGUAUUUUUGUUAUAUAUUACUACGUUAAGUCGUAAACUUAACCAUCUUUCGUCAUGGAACUGGAGCUUACAUUACGAGUAGUGUACUUCAUUUUUCAUAUUUUUUAUAUACAAAGGAACUAUUUUACAUUUCAUUUUAUGUGUAUGUUCAUAUUUUUAGUAAUUGUGACUAAUGAACCAAACAGAAAGUAUUUUUAUAGUGGCUAUACCAGAGUUACACACAAGUUCUCGUAUAUCUGGUAUUAGAUGCACAGAUCCAAACACACAAGAAAGUUUGCUUUGGAUAUACAGGAAGAUUUAAUUAUAUAAAAAUACCAUUUAUGGGAAAAUCUGUUCCAGUUAUCAAUUUAACGCAUAAUAUUAACCAUUACAUUUACAGAGAAAUAUUAGAUUUGCAAACACUAUCUCAAUUGUAUUGAUAUCGAUGUAUAUUUAAUAGAUAAUCAUGUUAUUUUACAUUUUAAUGUUUAUUUAUUAGUGCUCAACAGGGACAGACCCUUUUACCAUGGUUCCUGAAUCGUCAGUGCUAAAUUAUUAAUGAUAUUGUAUAAAAGAAAUCCUAUUCUAUAUAUUAACCCUGGUCCUUGUCGAUAGUCGUUCAUAAGCCACCACAAAUCUGGAACAUCUAGGACAUUGUUUAAACGUUCCCAAGGUCAGCCACCUAUAACCUGGGACACCUAGGACAUUGUUUAAACGUUCCCAAUGUCAGCCAUCACUAACCUGGGACGUCUAGGACAUUGCUUAAAAAUUCCCAAUACACAGGCUUGGUAAACGAGACUCGACAGUAGCAGUCUACAUAACCAUUGUUCAUCCCAUCAUAUGUGUGAGAUUGACAACUAUUUAUGUUUAAGUUAGAAUUGGUAUGAAAUUCAUUUUGUUACCAUUCACCGAUGUUAUAUUCUGUAUUUAUACUAACAUGAAUGUUAUAAAAGGUUUAAUUUCGGAAAUAAACUUGGAAAUAAAA